AAAAAUGGCGGAUGUGAGUGCUGAGUCAAACUGCGGAGUCUGUUGUAAGAUAGUUAAAGAAAAUGAAAGUGCAUUAAAUUGUGAAGGUUUGUGUGCGAACUGGUAUCAUAUUAAGUGUAUCAACAUUGUAACAAUAGAAUAUCGAAAAAUAUGUGAUCUUGGUGACAAAGCAGUGUGGUAUUGUGAGGCGUGCAAGGGAAAGGUAAGAGAUAUCAUAUCUAAGCAUGCAAAGUUUGUGUCUAAAAAGGAUGAAACCAGCCGUUUGAACUCAAACAGUGACGAUCAUUUUAUUUUAAGUGAAAUUCUUGACGAGAUGAGUAAAAUGAAUAAGGAUUACUUGCAAUUGAAUAAGCAUGUUGAACGAAUUGAAUCAAGUGAGGUUAUGUGCAAACAGUUACAUGAACAUUCCCAAGUUUUACAUGUUCAAGAUGCGAAUGAAAAAAGUGAUGACGAAGUUAUUUCAAACUCCCAUGUUAACAUUUUCUCAAGUAGAAUGGAGUUGUGUGAUUUGACUAAUGAUAAUGAAGACGAUGAACAUACAAAAUGGAAACUUGUAACUAAAGGAAAAAAUAGUAAUUCUAGAAAAAACACCUUAUCUAAAUCAAUUCCAAAUGUCUUUUUAUCUUGUGACUCAGCUAAUGUACAGGGAUUGAAGAAAAAUGACAGGCCUAGUGCGAUCUCUACCAGGACGGACUCAUAUUGUGCUGCUUUAUUAAAAAAGCCCAAGACUACUAUUAUUGGCUCCAGAAAAAUUUCCCCCUCCAAACCUGGUAUUCUACCCCUCAAGACAGUGGAUAGGAGAAAAUCAGUUUUCGUCUCUAGGCUGCACCCUGAGGUGGAGGUAGGGGAGCUUGUGAAAUAUCUGACUGAAUCUGGUAUGGAUAAAUCUGAUUUUGACUGCUACAAACUGAACUCUAAAUUCAAUACCUAUUCAUCCUUCAAGAUAGUGGUUACUGAUAGGCUGCUUGAGUGUGUCAUGGCUUCAGACUUCUGGACCGAUGGAAUUUUGGUGAAAAAAUUCAUUCCAUCCAAGAAGCCUAGGGAUCAAUCAAGUGCUUUUUUAGGCCAACCAAGCCGGGCUGCCCGGGUCAAGUGACACUCAUGAAUGAUGGGAGUAAGGCUGUUGAUUCUACCAUUGAUGUUUCUUUCGAUUUGCUUUUUUAUAAUGUCCAAUGCCUUCGAAAUAAGGUGAAUGAGUUGGAAUUGAUUGUCAGCACGAGCAGGAGGUACAAAAUACUGUGUUUGUCUGAACACUGGAUGUGCCCUGAGGAGCUUAAACUUUUGAACAUCUCUAACUAUAAGUUAGCUGCUUUCUAUAGUUGAAGUGAGUACCAGUGCGGUGGUGUGGCCAUUUUCAUUGAUGUUGAUUUGCAUGCCCUAUUUGCAUGUGUUGAUGUUACCACACAUUGCAUGGAUAAGGCUCACGAAUUUGCCUGUGUUUCUUAUGAGCUUGCUAGACUGUAUAUUGUUCUGGUAUACCGCUCCCCAGCUGGGAAUUUUGAGAACUUCCUCCUCGCCCUUGAGAAACUUAUUGCUGACCUUACCAGGGUAAACCCAAGCUUUGAGGUUGUGAUCGGAGGUGACUUCAAUGUGGAUCUACUGAAGGCUGAUAACAGGGCUAAAGAUUUUAUCAAUCUCCUUCGAUCCUUGGACAUGUAUCUGGCCAACUGGCAGCCCACUAGACUCGAUGCUUGCCUGGACAAUGUGGCUUCAACCCUGAGGAUUGAUGACUGCAUUAGGUGCUCUCUCUUAAACCUUUUCCUCAGUGACCACCUGGCACUCGAAUGCACAGUUGAGGUGUCCGGUCUGGUGUCUGAGCCUGUGAGGCAUCAGCGGCAUGUUUGGGUGAGGCCCAUUACACAGUGUGGACAGCAACGUUUCCUCCAGCUCCUGGAUAACAUCAACUGGGACCUGCUGUUGGUUCACCCCUGUGCUGAGCUGAAUUUUUCUUCAUUCUUCAAAGAGUUCCUGUGCAUAUUCAAUGGCUGUUUCCCUCUAAAGAGGAUCCUCCAGGGACAAAGUAAGAGGCAUGGAGUGGCCUGGGUCACAGAUGGACUGCUUGAUAUGCGUGACCUGAUGCUUGUGGCUUAUGAGAAAUUUCGAGCUGAUAGACUUCCAUCUUCAAGGAGAAUCUACUCUGGCCUGAAAAAGUCUUACCAGCAGGCAGUUAGGAUGGCCAGAUUGCAGUUCAACUCUGCGCUUAUUGACCGGUCUCCCAAUAAGUGCAAGGCUGCCUGGAGUAUUAUCAGAGCAAGUACGGGUUCUUCAGUGCCGUCUACUAUUCCUGUUUCUGCGGAUGACCUGCAUGACACCUGGACUGACUCGAUUCAUAGGAUCCGUGGGGGGAUCCAAGCUUCCUCCUCAGUGGCGGUGGACCUGCUGGCUGCCUCAGUUCGCCCUCCGGACUCUCAGCUCCUGACCUGGCGCCCUGUGACGUGUGAGGAUGUUCUACGGAUUGUGACUAGCUUGAGCAAAUCUUCAAAGCAUUGUCCUGUAUGGCCUCACGCUUUGGGGUGGAGCCACAGAUGUUUCACGAGUGUUGCUCAUUCAGAAGAGGGCCCUGAGGAUCCUUUGUGGUGCUGAGCGUCUUGCCCAUUGUCGUCCCCUCUUUGUGAGAGAGAGAAUCCUCACAGUCUUCUCCCUCUAUGUACUUCAGACCCUCUGCAGAACACAUGCAAAUGUGGGGGAGCUUGUAACAAGGCAGAAUUUUCACUCACAUGAGACUAGAGGGAGACAGAGGCUGGAUGAGCCCUACCAAAGACUGAGCAGGACACGAUCGAGCUAUGGUCAUCUAUCUGUCAGGCUCUUCAACAAGCUGCCGGUGAUGGCUAGGAAUCUGCCUGCCGGCAAAUUUCGGAGGGUCCUGAGAGACUUAUUGCUGAAUAAUCCUUUGUACUCACUCCGUGAGUUUUUCAUGUUGGACAGCAGCUUGGUAAGCGCCUAUUUUAAUUAAUUUCUUUCCUCUGCUUGCUUUAUUUGUUUUUCUUUUGGACUAGUAGGUCGACUGGCCUACUUGCUUCUUUGUGUUCUCAUGACGUGUCCCUGGGGGUUUUUAUGCCCACCUUAUGGACUUAACAUAAAAUAACAAAUAACA